AUGAAGACCCUAUUUAGAGCAGAGGACCUAUGGGACCUGGUUGAAAAGGGUUAUGCUGAUCCGGAUGAAGAAACUCGACUCAGGGAAAAUACGAAGAAGGAUGCAAAAGCACUAUAUUUAAUCCAACAAACCUUGCCUGACAGUGUACUUUCAAGAAUAGCUUCUGCCACUACGUCCAAAGAAGCGUGGAUUACCCUGCAGAAUGCAUUUCGACCCUCCCCGAAGGUGAUAAUGGUGAGGCUUGGAACUCUGAGGCAAGAGUUUGAAAUGUCAUACAUGAGAAGCAAUGAGACUGUGCAUAAUUAUGUCUCAAGAAUGGUGGGAAUUGUUAGCCAGAUGAGGUUUUAUGGAGAAAAUGUUUCUGACCAGACUGUAGUAGCGAAACUGCUGAGGAGUUUAACUGCGCGAUUUGAUCACAUUGUGGCAGCGAUUGUGGAAUCUAGAGACCUAACAACUCUAACAAUUGGCGAGUUAAGCUGUUCUCUACGGGCACAUGAAGAAAGGCUAAACAUAAACAGAUCAGUUGAGAGGCUUGAAGGUGUAUUUCAAGUGAAGGGGGAGACAUCAAAUGCUAAAGAAGGUGUUAAAGUGUCAGGCAGAGGUCGAGUAAGAAGCCGAGUUAUAGGCAGAGGAAGGAGUGCAAAUGAACGGGCAUUCAACAAUGAUCGUAAAUUUCAUAACUGA